UUUUUGCAGUACUUUUUAUAUUUUUUUGAACGGCGGUUCUCAAUUAUGGUACCAAUCUCCUUAGCUAGAAUAAUGGAAUCGUUUAAUACUAAAUUUGUUAAGAUUAGGAAUUUUUGAAGCAAGUUAUGGCUUUGCGCCGUUAUGUCCGCACGACGUUUUGGGCUUGUCCUAUAAAAUUUGUAGUCAACAAAAAACAUCUGAUUCUUUAGAUCCGUAUUAAUUAUUUAAAUUCUGUUUUGGUAUUCGAUUAAUAUUUAACUUAGACUCAAUUUAAAUUCUUCCCACCAGUUAAUUAAUUCUGUUUUAGUUAAUUGACCGCAAAAGUGUAACUUGUUUAUAAAACCAUAUAAAUGGGCCUAGGUUUUAAUUUCACGAAAAUAUAAACUUUACAUGCUUAUAAACGUGCACAACAAAAUUUUAAAAAAUUACGUGAAGAACGAAAUUGAACGUCAAAAGGUUGAAAAAGAAAAGAGAGAAAAAGCUGAAUUUGAAAAAGAAUGGCGUCGAAGGUUUAUUAAAAUUUUGAAAAAAUUAAAAAAGAAAAUUUUUUUAUUUAGAUAAAAUCGUGUUUUGCAGCUUAGACCAAGAAAAGGACAACCUAAUUUAAAUUCACAAAUAGAAGUGAUUUUAGAAAGAUUGGAAAGAGAUAGAGA